GUUCGUGGUCGGUGUCGGUAGUCGUCGUGCUCCGAUAAAGUUCUCGCUACGUGUCGUACCGGGGAUGGGUGUAAAUUUUUUCCACGUAUGGCUAUAUGUUUCCCAAAUGAUUUGAUGAGUUAAAAUCUCAAAUAAAGUGGUGUCGUUUCGUAAUCUCGGGGAGUAUAUUUUAUUUCUUUUCUUACAAAGCAAUAUCACGGAUCAGAAGAAGAAAAGUAAUAAGAAAAACAAAAGAAAGAAGCAAUGCAGAGCAAAACGGCCACAGUGCCGUAUACGAAGAAAGUCAUGUUUCCGGAUAAAAAACCAUCGUCCAAGCAAAUGAAGUCUUCGACGUUGACAAACGCCGCGGGUUUUAGUUCCCUUCUGACUUUUACCAUUUUAUUACUCGCAUGGAUAUCUGGCUUUGCCUCUCGAUUGUUUGCCGUAAUACGUUUCGAGAGUAUAAUCCACGAGUUCGAUCCAUGGUUCAAUUACAGAGCUACGGCGUAUAUGGUGCAACAUGGUUUUUACAAUUUUUUGAACUGGUUCGAUGAGCGAGCUUGGUAUCCUCUGGGUCGAAUUGUCGGAGGAACCGUCUACCCGGGUCUCAUGAUAACUUCUGGAUCUAUACAUUACAUUCUUCACUCUCUCAACAUACCUGUUCACAUAAGAGACAUUUGUGUCUUUCUGGCCCCAGUGUUCAGCGGCUUGACAGCAAUAUCAACUUAUUUAUUAACCAAGGAACUAUGGAGUGCCGGAGCAGGUCUUUUUGCUGCUUGUUUCAUCGCCAUUGUACCAGGUUACAUAUCAAGAUCGGUAGCAGGUAGUUACGACAACGAGGGAAUAGCCAUAUUUGCGCUUCAAAUAACUUACUAUCUUUGGGUGAAAUCAGUGAAAACGGGAUCCAUCUUCUGGGCAGCCAUGACGGCUCUUUCCUACUUUUAUAUGGUUUCUGCGUGGGGCGGUUAUGUAUUUAUUAUAAAUCUCAUACCGUUUCACGUUUUUGUAUUGCUUGUGAUGAACCGAUACAGCAACAGACUCUUCACAAGUUACACAACUUUUUACAUACUCGGACUCCUACUGAGUAUGCAAAUUCCUUUUGUUGGAUUUCAACCAAUUCGUACUUCUGAACACAUGGCAGCCAGCGGUGUUUUUGGUCUGAUCAUUUUCGUUGCUGCUCUUCGUUAUUUACGUACAGUUUUAACGAAAACUGAAAUCAAAUAUUUCGGUGGCGUUGUCGCUGUAACUGCUGGUGUUUUACUCGCCAUUCUCGCUGGCCUGACAUAUGCCGGCAUCGUUGCACCAUGGAGCGGAAGAUUCUACAGUCUUUGGGAUACUGGAUAUGCCAAAAUUCACAUACCUAUCAUCGCCUCUGUUUCCGAACAUCAACCCACAACAUGGUUCAGUUUUUUCUUCGAUCUUCAUAUCCUUGUUACGACUUUCCCUGUUGGACUUUGGUACUGCAUCAAACGUAUUAACGACGAACGUGUAUUCGUUGUUCUCUACGCCAUAAGUGCCGUGUAUUUUGCUGGUGUGAUGGUACGUUUGAUGCUAACCCUGACUCCAGUCGUUUGCAUGCUGGCCGGUAUCGCGUUCAGCGGUAUUCUGGAGCUGUUCCUCAAAGAGGAAAACAGAGAGAGCGGUGACCGGGAGGGUGGCGAGGGUGGGGAUGGAAGCGAAGAGGAAAGCGAAGAAGAGUCCGGGAGAAACGUGGGUGGGCUGUAUCCCGUUGAAGCCCGUCGUGGGUUGUACGACAAAGCCGGAAAAUUGCGGAGAAUGAAACACGAAAGACCGAAAGGAAGUGGCGAUGGGCUGGGUGCUAAUCUUCGUAAUGGUGUCGCGAUCGGUAUUCUCAUGCUCCUAAUGAUGUUUACCGUACAUUGUACAUGGGUCACGAGCAACGCAUACUCCAGUCCAUCGAUCGUACUCGCCUCGUAUACGAACGACGGUGGAAGAACUAUUCUCGAUGAUUUCCGCGAAGCUUAUUACUGGUUAGCUCAAAACACAGUCAAUGAUGCGAGAGUCAUGAGCUGGUGGGAUUACGGUUAUCAGAUUGCUGGAAUGGCAAAUAGGACGACCCUCGUCGACAAUAAUACGUGGAACAAUUCGCACAUAGCUUUGGUAGGAAAAGCGAUGAGUUCGAAUGAGAGCGCGGCGUAUGACAUAAUGACGUCGCUCGACGUUGAUUACGUUCUAGUCAUAUUCGGUGGAAUGAUAGGUUAUUCCGGUGAUGACAUAAAUAAAUUUUUAUGGAUGGUGCGUAUUGCCGAAGGCGAACACCCUCAGGAUAUUCGUGAAAGCGACUAUUUCACCGAGAGAGGUGAAUUCCGUGUCGAUUCGGAAGGCUCCUCUACCCUUCUCAAUUCUCUUAUGUACAAAUUGAGCUAUUUUCGAUUCGGCGAAGUAACGGUCGAUUAUCGUUCACCCGCCGGUUACGAUCGCACUCGUAAUGCUGAGAUAGGAAACAAAAAUUUCAAAUUAACCUACUUGGACGAAGCCUACACGACGGAACAUUGGCUCGUUAGAAUUUACAGGGUGAAAAAACCACACGAAUUCAAUCGACCAAGAAUUGCAAUGUCCGACCAUACUAUCCCGCGAUCGGCGAGCAGAUAUCAGAGCAAAAAGACGGCGCGUCGCAAGAAAGGCUUUAUCAAGGGCCGACCGAGCGUCGUCAAGGGACUUAAACCCCAAGGGAAAGCGGCUGCUUAAAUGUAAAUAUUCAUCGACCCGUAUUCCCUUACCCCCUUACGACAUCACCCUUCGACAAUUUGCAGGCGUCAAACGUUUUUAUAAUGAUAAUAAUAAACAACAACAACAACAAACAACUACGGUCCUAACCUCUUAAGCCCCCCACAAAUCAACCACAAGAAAAUUCAUCACUUAUCGUGUACCUCGGAUUUCUCUGAUGAAAAUGAAGAGGGGCAGUGACCGAUAAAAAAAACAAAAACAUCUUUUUUCAUGCCGUGUAACGGAGUCGAUUAUUUCGAUUCUAUUGAGAAUUACGAAAAACGUGAUUAGUCAUUAAAUAUGUUGAAUAAAAAUGGGGUAUAAACUGUUCUCUACGAGAGUGACAUUUGAACACGGGUAAUUUCAUAACCGAUGCGUAUUGCCUUUCAAAUAAAUUCAAUCCUUUUUUUUAUCCACCGUCGAAUGACAAAUAUUGAGGUAUCGAACAUUCUCACAUUUUUGGCUAAAAAUUCAAUCCCUAUUUUGGUAUUCAACGAUUUGAUGAAAGUUUGUAAAACAAAAUGAGUUAUCCUUCAAGAGUUUAUAAAAUCGAUUUUGCAUAAGGGUAAUGUUGACAAAUAAUUACGAAAUUUCUUUGACGAAAGAUGCUUCUAGAAAUAUUCACACUUUCUCUAUUGAACGAAAUGAGAAUUUCUUCACUUUUCUCAUCAGCGAGGAAUCUUUUCAGAAUUUUAUUUGGAAAUAAUUUUUGUUUUUGAUUAUGAAUUGUGGAUUUAAAAUUGGGAAGUACUGAAAUAUUUUGUCAUUCUUUGUGAACCCAUCGAUGAAGACUAAUUCAAAGGAAUGGAUCAACAGUUUGUAAAAACUGUUUUCAAGGUUGUUGGAGCAGACAGGCAUUUCAAGAAGAAAUAUCGGACAAUAUAUUCAAAGCUUUUUAUAAACAAUCACCGAAUUUGUUUCAUUAACAAUAAACAUGAUCGUCCAUAUUUUGUUAAGACUUGUGAAGAACCGAGAUUCUGGGUGGACUAUGGCUUCUUUGAAAUCUUAGUUCGUAAAAUUCUCGUGUCAUGUCAGAAAAUAUGGGGAUCAGCGUUUGAGAAAUUGAAAACAAAGUGCAAUUGUUUAGAAUAUAUUAACUUUUCAACAUAAAAAAAAUAUAUGCUGCUUGACAGUUUGUGAAGGUCAAUCGUUACCAACGUUUGCUUGUUUGAAUUUGCCGCUUUUGUCUUUGUCAAGUUGAAAAUAAGCGAUUGCCUUCUUCCUGAAGAAACACUUCGUGAAACAAUGUUGGCACAUUGAUUCUUUUGUUUCUUAUAAAAACUGCUUCAAUCUUUCACAUAAGAUUUCAUUGCUUUGCACCAAUUUUACGACACUGUUGGAUAAAUGGUAAACUAUUUUGACUGCAUUUCAACAAUAUAGUUGAAAAUUAUGUUUAUUCCAGCAUACUAUAUAUGUAUUGUUCGAUCAUUUAAGAGAAAAUAAUUAUAUAGAUAGGAAAAACUUGUGAUCUUUUAGUGCAAGCUACAUUCCGACACAUUCCACAAAAAAAUUAUCUAAUCGAUGAAAAAACUGCAGUUGACGUAUAGUCUGAUCUGACUAAAUCAUUUAAAAAUGUGCUACGAAAUAUGUUUUUCAUGAAAUUGCAUAUGAUGAGUAUUUCCUAUUAUAUUCAUUUUUCUUGUGGAAAACAAAAAGUAUAGUUGAAGGUUGUAACCCUUCAUUUGCUUGCUGGUUCAAUCUAUCUGUUCAGUUGGUAAAUAUUUUCCAAUAUUAUUCCAUGAAUAAGGUUUUCAGAUAAAAUCAAUUGUUGGAGAUUGAAUGACUCAUGAUUAUUAUUGGUAUUCUUUUUGAGAAGGUACCAAACUUUUCUAUACCUGCCGAUCGGAAGGGGGAAACAAUAAUAUAUAUGAAUAUGAAAAUGGGAAAAAAGAAUGAGUGGUUGUGUCGAUCAGAAUGUGACCUCAAUUGGUUAACUAAUGAAAGCAAAAACAGGCAACAUACAACGUUGCUACAGGGCAAUUUUUUGUUUGCCACGAUAUACGAUGAUGUACAAAAGUUUUGUUGUACGAACAUUGCCUAUAAAAUUUGUGAACGAGGAGAGGAAACUUUAGUCAAAGUUUUUUGAGCCUCUCCAGAGCGCGUCGCUCAUUUCCUAAUACAUAAGAAUUUUUGUUAUAGUAGAUUCAUUGCAUAUAAUAUACAACAAAAAAUAUAAAAACAUAAAUAAACAACAAAAUACCAAGAGUGUCAAAAAGACGAACACGACUUGACACUUUUGAAGUAAUCACAGGAGCUCCGUUCCAUUUGAACUUGUGUACAAUGUGUGUCUUGUUUACAUAAUUUGUUGUAUAGAGUCUUGUUAAAGAGAUGAACAUUCAUUAUAACAUUA